AUGAGAACCACAUCCGUCGCUCCAUCCACGCUGUUGUCGUCGGUCGAACCAGACUGCCGGAACACUCUCAUCCACAUCUCAUCUAUCCCCUUGAACAGAGCAGACGCAAAGAACGGGACCAUCAUGUCACAACCGGGUAUUGGGGAACACUCUCCCCUCACGUUCAAACGCUCCUCGUUUGAGGACGACGCGGCACCCAGCAAGCCUUCGUCGACCAGCAGCAGCAGGAGCAGCAUCAAGACGUUCCUCAGAGUCCCUCGUCUGAUCUGGGACUUUACCGAGAGCAACUUUUCCACCUUUGUCGUGCCCAACACAGCCUUCGGCGUCCUGGGCGGCCUGACCGGCCAGCCCCUGACCUCGGGACAGGCGACGGCGCUCGCCGUGCUGCAGAGGUUCCCCUUGGUGGUCGCCUUCAACUGGUACAGCGUGCUCAUCUUCGACCUGGCCAACCAGAGAAGCUCCGAGUCCGUGGCCGAGGACCUCGCCAACAAGCCGUGGCGUCCCAUACCGGCGGGCAAGGUGACGCAGGAGCAGACGCGCAGGUCGAUGCUCGUGGCCAUCCCCGCGGUGCUCGUCUUCAACUACGUCCUCGGGGUGUGGAGGGAGGGCGUCUUCAUCCUCAUCCUGACGUGGCUGUACAACGACCUCCAAGGCGGCGACACGCUCCUCCGGGACGCCAUCAUCGCCGUGGCCUACUUCCUCUUCAACACGGCCUCGCUCAAGAUCGCCAUCGGGGAAGGCACCGACGGCGGCAGCAGCAGCAGCAGCAGCAGCGCCGUCGGCAUCACGCGGGAGGGCUACGUCUGGGCGGGCAUCAUCAGCGCCGUGAUCCUCACGACGAUGCAGGUGCAGGACCUGAAGGACCAGGCCGGGGACGCAGGGCGCGGGCGCGAGACGAUGCCCCUAUUCUUCGGGGACGGGGCGUCUCGCGCGUCGCUGGCGGUGCUGGUGCCCCUGUGGUCCUGCGUGUGCGUCUACUUCUGGCGCAUGGCGUCGUGGGGUGUGCUGCCGCCGGUGGUCUCUGGCGCCCUGGUGGUGGUCGGAGUCCUCCGGACCAGGACGCCGGAAACGGAUGCCCGGGCGUGGAGGCUGUGGUGCCUGUGGACGGUGUGUCUGUAUUCCCUGCCGCUCGUCGGUGACGGUUUCGUGUCGUCUGGGCACGUGUGA